UACACCUACACCAUACCAUGCCUUUUUGCUUAUUAAUAUGCCGUCAUUCUCUACCCAAUACUAUCAUUGCAAACUGUACUAGUUUUGUUCAAUCCCUCUACUUGUGCUUCACUAAUUCAUCAUCUCAGUAGCUACAUGGCCGCUGCUCAGGUUGAUGCUGCACAGGUAGAAGAGUUCACCAAACUUUCGGAAGAAACAACACUCGGAUCUCCCACCAUUGAAGGAUCAGAAAAAGCUCCUGCACCACAUAACAUCGAAUCACCAUAUGAUGAAGAUGAUGCGGAGCCGGAAGACGUUAUUUUGCCAGAGGAAUUAGAAAAAGAGGAGGAAAUAGACGAUGAUGAAGAGGACCAUAGAGGUGUAGCGCCACAAACAAUUGAAGACGAAGAUGAUGAUGAUGAUGAUGAAGAUGAAGAAGAGCAAGGUGAAGAACCGGCGUUGAAAUCUUCCGGUAGAGCCACUGAUUUCUCGGAGGAAGAAGACGAUGAUUGAAUAGCGAGUGAAGGUGGAAGGAUCGCAUGGUUUCAGAAAAUUAUGUUUUGGUUUUAUAAGUUUGAAUCGGUAACCGGGUCGGGUUUUUCUCGGUUAACUUAUCUAUCCAUCUGAUUUCGAAUACAUCCAUUUUAAACAUUUAAUUGGCCCAAUGUAAUCGAUUCUUGGGCCUUUUAAACUUACGUAGUUCUAUACUUCUAUGUUUCUGGCU